UGUAACAAAACACACUUUCAAUAAACAACACCACCAUAAGUACAUAACCGUAUCUUUCUCUUCAGUCUUCUCAUUAUUCCCUCCGAUCGAAAUCAAAAUCAAACCUACCCAAAUCAAGGUCGAUGGAUGAAUGAGCCCUAAUUUUUCAUUUUAGUUUUAACCUCUCUGCAAAUGUAAUUAAUCGUCAGUUCUGCUUUAAAGUGGAUGCUACUUGUGAUACUGAAACUUGGAAAUAGUUGGUAUUAAAUUAUUGUUGGAUGUUGUCAAUUAUAUGGAAGCCCUAAAAACCUCAGAAACCCUAAUUGAUAAGGGUGUAGUGAAAUCUAAACAAGAUAGAGUUGGGAAAUUAGUUGAUGGGAUGUUUCCCGAAGUUUCGAGGUCUUUUGAUUUGGGAAAUGGAAAAUGUGUUGAGAAUUUGUCAGUACCAGUGUUAGAAAGUAGUGGCUUUGACUCCUGUAGUAAUGUUAAGCGUUUCGACCUGUUGUCUCAACCCAUGUCUGCGGGAACCAGUAGCACGAUUGGUUCGAGUAGUCAAGGAGAUGUUAGUAUGAAAGGUAUUUCCCUUUUUGUGGAGUUAACCGGUGGAGUGGUAAAUAAAGUGGACGGAGUGGAGAAUGUUGGUAAUGUUAACGAUAGGGUCUUGCACGGAAAUGAAGUCAAGGGUAAUAUUGAUGUUGGUCAAGAAGUAUUUAAGGUCAAUGUAGGUGAUUUUGUGUGGGUUUUAAUCAAGAAACAGAGAGACUCGUGGUGGCCUGGAAUUGUUUGUGAUGCUUCUAGUGCACCGAAAGAAGUUGCAAAUAGGCCCACAAGUGAAGGUGAUGUUUUGGUUAAAUGUUUUGGUAGUGGAAAUUAUAUUUGGUGCCUUGCGUAUAAUGUGAAACCUUUCGUUGGAUAUUUUGAAGAGAUACCUUCACAAAGUAAGGCCAGAAGAUUUAUUGAUGCCUAUGAGAAGGCUGUGGCUGAGCUUGGUCAUCGUGUAAAAACAGAGUUCACUUGUUCUUGUUUCUCUAAGAUGAAGGUGGAGAAAUUGGGUAAUAUUGGUGACCUUUCAGUGAGUGAAUUUAAACCUGCAACGUUUGUUGACAAUAUAAAAGAUCUUGCAAGAGAUAUUUCUAUGCCUAGCAAGAUCGGUUAUGUUGUUAAGCAGAAUUGUUUGUCUGCAUUUUAUCGCUCAUUAGGGCAUUGCCAAAUUCCCAUGCAUCAACUCAAGCCUGCAAAUGGGACUCCAUCGAAGAUAAAGACUGACGAAAGUGGGUUUUGCAGUGAAAUAAGAGAUAGAAAAAAGAGCAAAUUUCUGGCAUAUCCAGGAGAAUAUGGAACUGAAGAAGCUAAAGUGGAUAUCGAUGGAGGAGUUGACUUGAAUCAAACUAAUGGCCAACCUGUUAAGAAAUCAGGAAAGAAGCGCGGCAGAAAACGUAAAGAAGCAGCUGUAUGUACGUCUGAGGUGCUUUCCCAACUUCAAGUUGCAGCUCAAGAUUGUCUUUUUUCAUGUGCUUGUAAGAAUUUUGAUUCGGUUAAGACCUUCAUAUCUGGGUUCAGGAAACACACUUUCAAAGAUAUCUCCACUGAAAUCCCCAUUAAGAUGCCAAAUCAUCAAAUCCUGCCAGAAACUAUACCCAAAAAGGUGAGAAAGAAGAAAGACAAAACCAUCGUGCUACCAACAGGAAACAAUUUCAAUCUUGGUUCACUAAUUUUAGAUUUUCAAAAUGCUGUGUCUCUUAAUUGUGAAGCUCAAUCAAAUGCAAACAAGAGCACAGAAGUGGUAGCAGGUCGAAGUCCAUUCUUUAGUUUUGGAGAUCAACCAGUGACUGGAGCAUUUCCCUGUAAACUUAAGCCUAUAAAGAGGAAGAAAAAUGUGUCUCUUAAUGGUGAAGCUCAAUCAAAUGCAAACAAGAGCACGCAAGAGGUAACAGGUCAAAGUCCGUUCUUUAGUUUUGGAUAUCCGCCAGCGACUGGAGCACCGCCCUGUAACCUUAAGCCGAUAAAGAGCAAGAAAGAUGUGUCUCUUAAUGGUGAAGCUCAAUCAAAUGCAAACAAGAGGAUGGAAGAGGUAACAUGUCAAAGUCCAUCCUUUAGUUUUGGAGAGAAGCCAGCAACUGGAGCACCGCCUUGUAAACUUAAGCCGAUAAUAAAAAAGAAAAUUGCAGAAAGCAACACCUCUAUGCCCAACUGGAGUUAUAAUGUUAGUCCCCCUCCAAAUGUGAAUGGAAACGUGGGUCCUUUCCCAUUCCACAAUGCUAGUGUUCUGCCAAAUGUGAACAGACACGUGAACCCGUUUCCGUUCCACAAUGUUAAUGCCCUGCCAACUGUGAAUGGACACGUGAACUCAUUUCCAUUCCAUGUCAUUCCUCACAUUCCUGACAUUCCUCAAAGGAACGACAUGGAAGGAUUAAAUCAAUUUCAUGCCUCUCAUUUCACGAAUCAAGCUGUGUCAACCCCCUCUGUUUUUUCAGGAAACCAUGGUGAACCCCAGCUGGCUCUUGUUCCAGCUGGUUUGAUUCAUGAACCCAAAAAAAGAGGGCGAAAGAGAAAAAACAUAUACUUGCAGGCUAACCCUGGUUCAACCAUAAUCCCACAGUUAAAUGAAAAUGAACUAGAAGCUAAUAAUGUGAGGAGAGUUAAGAAAAGUAAAGAAAUUGGGGUAGCAUGUAUCGAUCUCAGUUACAACAGAGUUCGGCAAGAUAUUGAAGAAGUUACAGGUACUGCUUUUCUCUUAAAGUUUUCGCCAGAUCAUCCCUUACCAUCCAAUCAAGAUUUAAAUUCAGUAUUUUCUAAGUAUGGUGCAUUGGUUGAAUCCGAAACUCAAGUUUUGAAUGAAAAUCUAAGUGGUCAAGUGGUUUUUCUUGAAUCUUCUAGUGCUGGAGAGGCAUUUUGGCGUCUACAAAAUGAUCAACCUUUUGGGCCAGCUCUUGUUAAUUACAGGAUUCAGCAUCUCGCCGGUGCUGAUUCAGUGGUUAAUUUCAAGACUCCUAUCAAAAGUCCUUCUGGCUUCAAACCAAUGGAUCAACAAGCUGUCACGGGUUCAACUUCGAUGCCAGAUUUGAACGGAAAUUCAAAUGAAGUUAAAGUUGUGAAAAUAAGUAAAACGAUAGAAGAAAUUCGAUUACCACCCAAGGAUAAUCUCGUUUCUAGUGUCGUACACCAGGGUAAUGGAGAAGUUACAGGCACAGCUCUCGUUUUGAAGUUUUCCCCAGAUCAUCCACUGCCUUCUUCUCAAGAUCUAAAUUCUGUAUUUUGUAAGUAUGGGGAAUUGAAUGAAUUUGGGACUAGGGUGUCGGGUGAAAAUCUAACAGGUGAAGUUGUUUUUGUGAAUCCUUCUUAUGUUGGACACGUGGUUCAAUGUUUGGAAAAAGAUCGACCUUUCUGGCCAGCCCUUGUGAGUUAUCAGGUUCAACAUCUAUAUAAUGCUCCUUCUGCAAUUCAGGUGAAACCCCCGCUACACACUCCUUUAACGCUGAAACCUCCUCAAAAUGGUGAGCCGCCUGAUCUGGCAGGAAUAAAAAAGAAUCUUGAAAUGAUGAACUCGAUGUUGGAGAAGGCUGGAAAUACAUUGUCACCGGAGAUGAGAGGAAAACUGGAGAGUGAGAUAAAAGGGCUGAUGAAAAAGGUGAGCAUCAUGGAUGGCUCUUCUUUCUCUUGUUUAUGAAUGGUGAUCUUUUGGCAGGAUGUUUUUUUGUGUAUUUUGUUUGGUGGUCUAGACUAGGCUAGAUUUAUAAAACAGUAGCCCUUUUUUAGUUCUUCUGUUCAUCUCUCAUUGUGAUUGUUGUUCAUGGUGCAAGUUAACCUAGAGCUUUUCUUUUGUAUUGCAUUGAGAGAGCAAGAUUCAAAUGUAGGACUAGUACUUUUACAAUGUGAUGAUUGUAGGAGUCAUCAUGAAUUCAAAAAACCUUUUACAUGAAUCAAUUCUUCUUUUGCUU